AUGUUCAACACACUCAUUACCGUUUCCCUCCUCGCAUCCCUCUCCAUCCAAGGCGUUUUCGCCGAUUUCGCUGUCUCCCAGCCAGAAUUCACCCAGUGUCAAGAGGCGAAAUUCAGCUGGCAGAAGACGAAGGGGCCAUACAACAUCCUCAUCACCAAGGCCUCUGACCCAUGUGGCGACGCACUUGCCGACCUUGGGGAUUUCGAUAGCACAACUGGUGCAUGGAAGGUAGCCCUCCCAGCUGGAAUCAAAGUUCAGCUGUCCAUCGAAGACGUGGACGGUGAAGAGGCAUGGACUGAGACUAUCACUGUCAAGGGUAGUAAUGAUGCGUCCUGUGUCCCCCCUGCCCUCCUCGCCCUAGGCUCUUCAUCUGCCGUUUCCUCUGGUGCUGCUUCUACAAGUACUGGGUCAUCAUCGGUUCCUGCUAUUGCAGUAGGCGGUACAACUCUUGUCGUUCCCGCUGCUACGCAAACCACUGUCGCCACGUCUUCCGUCGCGCCUACCCCCGUUGGUGCCGCGAACGCCGGUUCCGAUCCCUUCUCCAAGGCAGCCCAAAACUCUGCUUCGGCCUUUCACACAACGAGCAUUUCCGCGAUGGUGGUCUCCGCCGUCCUGGCCGGCCUUGUUCUCUCCCUGUGA